CUAAAUGAUUCCUACAGGUUUUAGGUAGUAGUGGACUGACAGGUUGUGAUCCCCCCCAGGUUAAACCAUGGGAGACUGGUCCAUUCUCGGACACUUCCUCUCCGAGGUGCAGAACCACUCCACAGUGAUCGGCAAGAUCUGGCUGACCAUGCUGCUGAUCUUCCGCAUCCUGCUGGUGACCCUGGUAGGGGACAUGGUGUACAGCGAUGAGCAGUCCAAGUUCACCUGCAACACCCUGCAGCCCGGCUGCAACACCGUCUGCUAUGACACCUUCGCCCCCGUCUCACACCUGCGCUUCUGGGUAUUCCAGAUUGUCUUGGUCUCCACGCCGUCCAUCUUCUACAUCGUUUACGUCCUGCACAAAAUCGCCAAGGAUAAGAAGCUAGAGGUCCAGAGGGGGCAUGUGAUGGCUGAGCGGACCUCCAAGAAGGUGUUUGGGCAGCUGGUGAGGAAAGGGCUGGAGAACCUGGAGACUGGUAUGUCCACCUACUGCCCUGGAUACAGAGAGGAGUGGGGUGGUCAGGAAGGGGAGGGGGUGGAGCAGAGCCUGCUAGAGGAGGACUAUGGAGAGGUAGGGGAGGACCCAACUCAGCUGUCCAGCCAGGUGCUGCUAAUCUACAUCCUGCACGUGCUGCUGCGCUCCGUCAUGGCGAUCACCUUCCUGGUGGGGCAGUACUACCUGUUUGGCUUCGAGGUGCCCCAACUGUACCACUGUGAGACCUACCCCUGCCCCACCCGCACAGACUGCUUUGUGUCACGUGCCACCGAGAAGACUAUCUUUCUCAACUUCAUGUUCAGCAUUAGCGUGGGCUGCUUUGUGCUCAACAUCGCAGAGCUGCACUACCUGGGCUGGGUCUACAUCUUCCGCGUACUGUGCUCCGCUUGCUCCACCUGCUUCCAGCCCGAGAGCCACCCUGUGGGGCUGUACGACCACCGCAACCCUCUGCUGCUGCAGCUCAAACACUCUCUGAGGGGCAGGCUGGUCCUGCAGACUCUCACGCCCAUGGCCCAGUAGAAGGCUUGGGGCCACCUGCUCACUCACGUCCCAGCCAUCUCCUUUGAGACCGACUGUACUGUGGAGUGCCCCUCCAAGAGGACUCCGGAAGAGAGGGACCGGGUGAAGGUUAAACUGGCCAACAUGGCCUUGAUGGGAAGGAUCAAGAAGUCUUGGCUGUGAAAUGCCCAUUAUGUGUGAUUAUCGCAUUUAGCAUUUUCCACUUUUGAAACAACAAUGGGGAAGACAGGGUUUAUAGCAUAGGUUUCUCAGAUUGGGCUUGUGCACUCCUGAUUCAGAGAGAAAGAUCCAGCUUUAUCAUCCAUACCAUUGUUUAAAUUACAUAAAAGAACAUUCAAACUGUUCCUGAGUUUCGAAAGACAGAGAAAGGAAAACAUCAUUAUCUUCAGUCUAUUCACACCUGUCCACAAUCUCAGGGUUCUUCAAUACAAACACACCUGUUUCAGAAAACCUGGUCACUUUCACAUUCAAACAAUGUUUGUAGGAUACUUUUCAAUAACUCAAUAACUGUAAGUGUUGAAAUCAUACAUAGCUGGUAACUUGAGCUCGACAGAGUACUUGAGCUCAGCAGAGUAGUUUUGACCUGUGUCCAGACGCAGUCAUUUAUUUUGUCUGAAGGCAAUUUGUCUCUGAAAACAAUAUUAUUUUUCUGAAUAAUCUAAUUUAAUUGACUGGUAGGUUGUCACUAACUAUUUGUAGCAUGUGUGCCUCUGUUAAUUGAUAUGUGCAUGGUGUGUAUGUGUAUAGAUGUUAAGUAAUUCAUGUUGAAAUUAUCCAAAGGGUUUUUAACUGAAAUGUUAAAAGUUGGUGUCUCAAUCUCAGACAUUUGCGCUCAUUUUUGUAAAUAGUAUUUAAAAAAUGGCAGAAUCAAACAGUAUUGGAACAGUGACUUGUAUUUCUCAUCUAGAAGUGUAAGAAUUUUAGAAGAAUGCUAUUUCAUCAGUCAAAUGUUGCACUGUUUAAUAAGACAGGGUAUGGAAAACCUCCAUUUAAUGUUGCCUGUUCAAUAAGACAGGGUAUGGGAAACCUCAAUUUUAAUGUUGCACUGUUUAAUAAGACAAAGUAUGGCAAACCUCCAUUUUAAUGUGGCACUGUUUAAUAAGACAGGGUAUGGAAAACCUCCAUUUUAAUGUUGCACUGUUUAAUAAGACAGGGUAUGGAAAACCUCAAUUUUAAUGUUGCACUGUUUAAUAAGACAGGGUAUGGAAAACCUCAAUUUUAAUGUUGCACUGUUUAAUAAGACAGGGUAUGGAAAACCUCCAUUUUAAUGUUGCACUGUUUAAUAAGACAGGGUAUGGAAAACCUCCAUUUUAAUGUUGCACUGUUUAAUAAGACAGGGUAUGGAAAACCUCAAUUUUAAUGUUGCACUGUUUAAUAAGACAGGGUAUGGAAAACCUCAAUUUUAAUGUUGCACUGUUUAAUAAGACAAAGUAUGGCAAACCUCCAUUUUAAUGAGUUUAGUUGUGAGUUUGACAUUUUACCACAAGAGGUCACUAUAAUCCUAUAGGUUAUCAAACAGGGUUGUGCUGAAAAUCAAAUGAACCACAGCCAAAUAAAUUAUUUGCAAAUAAGAGUAAGAUUAAAAAAUACAUGUAUAACUUACUUCCUUGAUAAAAUACAUUCUAAAAUGUAAAUAUAUGUGAUUUCUGAUUAUGUAGUGCACAUAUCUGUUGAAGGCCCAAAGCAGACGUUUUUAUAUCAAUAUCAAAU